CCGGGCAGGCCCCCGCGGGGUCCUUCGGCGACGGGAGCGGAGGGAGCGCGAUCGGCGGCGCGAUGAACCUGGAGCUGCUCGAGUCCUUCGGCCAGAACUACCCCGAGGAGGCGGACGGCACGCUGGACUGUAUCAGCAUGGCGCUGACGUGCACCUUCAACCGCUGGGGCACGCUGCUGGCCGUGGGCUGCAACGACGGCAGGAUCGUCAUCUGGGACUUCCUGACCCGCGGCAUCGCCAAGAUCAUCAGCGCCCACAUCCACCCCGUCUGCUCCCUGUGCUGGAGCCGGGACGGGCACAAACUGGUCAGCGCCUCCACCGACAACAUCGUGUCCCAGUGGGAUGUUCUGUCCGGGGACUGCGACCAGCGGUUCCGCUUCCCCUCGCCCAUCCUCAAAGUCCAGUACCACCCCCGGGACCAGAACAGGGUGCUGGUGUGUCCCAUGAAGUCGGCCCCGGUGAUGCUGACCCUGUCCGACUCCAAGCACGUGGUGCUGCCCGUGGACGACGACUCCGACCUCAACGUGGUGGCGUCGUUUGACCGCCGGGGGGAAUACAUCUACACCGGGAACGCCAAGGGCAAGAUCUUGGUCUUAAAAACAGACACUCAGGAUCUUGUUGCUUCCUUCAGAGUGACCACAGGGACCAGCAACACCACGGCCAUUAAAUCCAUCGAGUUCGCCCGCAAAGGGAGCUGCUUCCUGAUCAACACGGCCGACCGGAUCAUCCGCGUGUACGACGGGCGGGAGAUCCUCACGUGCGGGCGCGACGGCGAGCCCGAGCCCAUGCAGAAACUGCAGGACCUGGUCAACAGGACCCCCUGGAAGAAGUGCUGCUUCUCGGGGGACGGCGAGUACAUCGUGGCGGGCUCCGCGCGGCAGCACGCGCUCUACAUCUGGGAGAAGAGCAUCGGCAACCUGGUGAAGAUCCUGCACGGCACCCGCGGCGAGCUGCUGCUGGACGUGGCAUGGCACCCGGUGCGGCCCAUCAUCGCCUCCAUCUCCAGCGGGGUGGUUUCCAUCUGGGCCCAGAACCAGGUGGAAAACUGGAGUGCUUUUGCCCCUGAUUUCAAGGAGUUGGAUGAAAAUGUGGAAUACGAGGAGAGGGAAUCGGAAUUUGACAUCGAGGAUGAGGAUAAGAGCGAGCCAGAGCAGACAGGCGCGGACGCAGCCGAGGAUGAGGAGGUGGACGUGACCAGCGUGGAUCCCAUCGCCGCCUUCUGCAGCAGUGACGAGGAGCUGGAGGACGCGCGGGCGCUGCUGUACCUGCCCAUCGCCCCCGAGGUGGAGGACCCCGAGGAGAACCCCUACGGGCCGCCCCCCGACGCCGUGCCCGGCGCGCUGCCCGACGACGCGCUGGGCCCCGACAGGAAGCGCCCCGGAGCCCCGGACGGACCCCAAAACCCCAAGAAAAAACCCAAAACCACCAACAUCGAGCUCCAGGGAGUCCCCAGUGAUGAAGUGCACCCGCUGCUGGGCGUGAAGGGCGACGGUAAAUCCAAGAAGAAGCAGGCGGGCAGGCCCAAAGGAUCAAAAGGUAAAGACAAAGAUUCUCCAUUUAAACCGAAACUCUACAAAGGGGACAGAGGUUCUUUACCUCUGGAAGCCGCGGCCAAGGGGAAGGCGCAGGCGGAGCUGGGCCAGCCCCUGACAGCAGGCGGUGCCAUCUCAGAGUUGCUAUGAAGACUCUCCCUCCUCUCCCUGCCUCCUUUCCUCUCCUGGCUCCCCGGUGUGGAAAGGCUGGAAUUCCCAGUCAGGACUGGCACAGACUGAAUUCCGUGGAUUCAGGGAGUGAUUUGGGGCAGGAAUGACUCUGGAAGAGGGAGCAGCCUCCGGCCUCCUGCUGCCUCUCCGCGGAUCAGGCUGGCUCUGAGCUCCAGCCGGGAUUUUUGGGGACAAAUCCCCGUCCCAAAGUGACCUGAGCGCCCCUUCCCCGCCACUCCAGAGCCUCUCCACCUUUUAUCUCCCGAAAUUCUCAUCAUUCCCGGAUGGAAGAGCAGCCCAAAGUGGGACUUUGGAUUCCUGUCUCCUGCCCAGUCCCCUUUUCCAGCUGGGAAUUCCCGUCUCGCUGAGCCCGGCUUUUCCCCGGCUGACGGGAUCAGGGCAGAGCUGCUGAUCCCAGCCCAGAUUUUCAGGAAUUUCCAGUGGGAUGUGAGGAGCUGAAGCCCUUCCGGAGUCUUCUUUGGUUUUGUGUUUAUUUUUCCCACUCUGCCGGUGGCAGAAGGAGCAGCUUUAGAUAAAAAAAGUCAUUUUCCAAUGGAUUUUUUUUUCCCCAGCCUCUGAUUCCCAAAGCUCUGCUGGAGUUCCCUCCUGUCCUUUCCAGCUUUGUUCCUUCUCUUCCCUGGGAAAUUCUCCUCCAGGGAUAUCCAGGCUCCUCCUUGAUAAAUGAAAACCAAUUUUUUCCUCAGAACUGAAGCAGAACUUUUCCAAAGGGUUUCUGUUUUUCCCACUUGUGGGUUAAAAUCGGAAGCUGGCAGCUCAUUCCCAGCUUUUAUUCCUUCAGGAUUUCCUGCAGGAAUGGGAAUGGCACUUUCCCCCUCCAGCACCUCUUAUCCUGAGCAAAGGAAGUUUCAUUCCUAAAUCCCUUUUUUUCCCCAGACUUCGGAGUUUCCCUGCUCUCAGUGUUCCCCGGGUGGAAUUAUUGGGAUUACCAGGAGCUAUUUCAAUUUCCUGGGUGGAAAUUUAAGGGAAGGGAGUUGGAAAGUGACAGAUUUGCAGCCAGAACUGUGCAGGUAUAAAAUGAGGAGAGAGAAAACAUACGGAAAUCAGAGGUUCUGAAAUUUUCCAAAACUUGAUGUUUUCAUUCCCAGCUUUGGGGACAUUUGGGGGAAUUUAUGACCACAAGUGUAAAAUUUUUUUUUUUUUUUUUUUUUGGGCCUGACCCCCCAAAUUAAAAAUGCCCAGGCCGAGGUUCUGCAGGUGGGGUUAAAGCAUUGGAUCCCCCCCAAACUCAGCUUUCCCUCUGUACAGUGUAAAUGCCUUUGUUUAUUCCCAUCCUUCCUUUAUUUCCUGCUUUAUUCCCAUCUUUAUUGUAUUUCCCAGUUUAUUCCCAUCCUUAUUUUAUUUCCUGGUUUGUUUCCAUCCUUCUUUCAUUUCCUCCUUUAUUCCCAUCCUUAUUUCCUGGUCUGUUCCCAUCUUUAUUUUAUUUCCUGAUUAUUUCCAUCCUUAUUUUAUUUCCUAUUUUAUUCCCAUCCUUAUUUUAUUUCCCAUUUUAUUCCCAUCCUUAUUUUAUUUCCUGCUUAUUCCCAUUUUUAUUUUAUUUCCCUAUUUUUUUUUCCCCAUCCUUAUUUUAUUCCCUGGUUUUGUACAAUAUCCAGUCAGCUCCUGCAGCGGUGGUGGUUCUGUGUUUGUAAAUAAAGAGGUACCUUCCAUUUCCUAAAA